AUGGGUGAAGGUCUAAUCUCAGAGCUGAAGCUCGCUAUGCCCUGGGGCCACAUUGCUGCCAAAGCCUGGGGCUCCCACCAGAGCCCCCCAGUUCUCUGCCUUCACGGGUGGCUGGACAACGCCAACUCCUUUGACAGACUCAUCCCCCUUCUCCCAAAAGACUUUUAUUACGUUGCCAUGGAUUUCGGGGGUCAUGGGCUGUCAUCCCAUUAUAGCCCAGGUUUCCCGUAUGACCACCAAAACUUUGUGAGUGAGGUCCGAAGGGUCGCAGCAGCCCUGAAAUGGAACCGUUUUUCCCUCCUGGGCCACAGUUUUGGUGGCACUGUGGGUGGAAUGUUUUCCUGUAUCUUCCCCGAGAUGGUGGAUAAACUUGUCUUGCUGGAAUCCUCGCCAUUUAUCCUGGAAACUAACGAACUGGAGAACAUGCUGACCUACAAGCGGAGAGCCAUAGAGCACAUGCUGCAGGUGGAGGCCUCCAAGAAGCCCUCGCAAGUGGUCAGCCCGGAGGAGAUGCUGCAGGGGUUCCUGAAGAACAACAGUCAUGUGGGAGACGAGUGUGGGAAACUCCUCCUGCAGAGAGGAACCACACAGGUGGCCACAGGUCUGUUUCUGAACAGAGAUCGGAGGAUCACUAGGCCAGAGUAUUACUUCAAUUUCAUCAGCAGGGAGCUGUUUAUGCAUUCCAUCAGGAAGCUGCAGGCCCGCGUCCUGUUCAUCAAAGCAACCCAAGGGUAUUACGAUCUGAGGAGAGAGAAUGAUGCCAACAUGGAGCUCGUGCUAUUCGUGACCAGCUCACUGAGAUCCACCCUGAAAGAGAGGUUCCAGUACGUGCAAGUCCCCGGCAACCACUACGCCCACAUGAACCAACCAGAGCACAUGGCUGGUGUCAUCAGCUCCUUUUUACAGAGCAAGGAGAGGAUCCCAGCCCAGCUGUAG